AUGUCGUACGACCUGCACCAGAAGCUGCGCACCACGUCCGUGCGCCAGAUCAAGCGCAAGGACUAUGCCGGUGCUGUGACGACGCUGUACGACGGCGCCAAGUCGCUCCUGGAGCAGAAGGAGUACGGCAGCGGCUGCGACCUGGGCGUCAUGAUGCUCGACGCGUACAGCAAGGGCGCGCUCGAGAGCUCGCCGGAGACCCGCGAGCGCAUCGCCACGCUGCUGCGCCUCUCGGCGCCCGACUUCUGGCGCAAGAAGCUCCUCGACGCUGCCAUCAAGUGGUCGAUUCAGGUGACGUCGAUGCCGUUCGGCGAUGGACUGCUGCGCCUGGCGAUUGCCGACGUGCUCGCUGCUGAGGGCUCCUACUACGCCGCCGAGACGCACUACCUGCACGCCUCGGCGCAGCCGCCGAGCGUGCCCGACGCCAAGAAGUGGUUCGACGCCGAGGCGCCGAAGCGCUUUGCGGCCAUGCAGCUGCGCUGGCUCGAGGCGCAGGCCACCGAUGCGGGUGCGCAGAAAAUUGCUGCGCUGCGGACAGACGCCGGCCGCUGGGCGCUGCGUGGCCUGCUGCCGCUGCUGCAAGCGCGCGCCCUCACCGCCUCGCGCGCCUUCCUCGCCGCCUACGUCUCUGCUCUCUGCUCCGCACAUCCCACGCUCCUGCUGCCCACGACGCCGAACCCCAAGGCCUUCUCGCCGCCGGCCGGCACGGGCCCGGCGGAGCAGGUGCAGCUCUACCUCACGGGCAACGCCGACCUCAACUUUGCGCAGAUGCUCUUGGCCCUCGUGGCGCAGGCCGUGUCGGUGAAGAAGACGGGCGCGCCCGUGCCCGACGCGCUCAAGCAGCAGUGGGGCCAGCUCGUGGCGCAGUACGAGCGCGAGGGCGGCGCGCUGCAGGAGGAGGCCUUUGUCGGCGAGGCCAUCGACCCCAUCUCGACGCUCUACUUCGACAUCCGCCCGCAACGGCCGCAGGGCAACUUCAUGCAGGACAUGCUCAGCUCGCUCAUGGGCGGCGGCGGCGCAGGCGCGGCGGCUGGCGGUGCGCCAGCUCCGGCGCCCGUCCGGCAGCCACCGCCGCCGCAGAGCCGGGCACAGCAGGAGGCGCCUGCUGCGUCGGCGGAGGAGGAGCUCGACCUCGACUAG